AUGUCGACAGCUUCGCAUCUGUAUCUUGUCACCGACAACGAUAUCAUCUAUGAGCAGGACAUUCUGCGCAAUCCGGCCAACAUCCGCGCCUGGCUCGACUAUGCUUCUUUCAAACGUCAGACCGGCUCGCUCCUCGACCAGGCCUUUGUCCUCGAGCGCGCCUGUAAUGCCCUUCCGCGCAGCUACAAGCUUUGGAAGUUGUAUCUGGAACUGCGCGUGAGCCAUUUGCGCAACCGCAAUCCCGCCCGCCAUGCAGACCAUUUCCAAAAGGUCAACGCCCUGUUCGAAAGAGCCCUGGUCCUGCUCAAUAAAAUGCCCCGCAUCUGGGAAAUGUACCUAUCCUUCCUCUGCAAGCAACCCAGGAUUACCCAGACUCGUCGCACUUUCGAUCGCGCUCUACGAGCCUUACCCAUCACGCAGCACAACCGGAUAUGGGCUCUCUACCGCCCAUUUGCCACAUCUGCCUCGGGAGAGACCGCCAUCAAGGUCUGGCGCCGCUACAUGCAGAUCCACCCCGAACACGCCGAAGACUUUAUCGACAUCCUCAUUGACCAGAAACAAUACACCGAUGCUGUCAUUAAAUACAUGGACAUCCUCAACGAUCCACGCUUCCGCAGCAAAGAAGCUAAAGGCCCUUUCCAGUUCUGGACUGAGAUGUUGGAGCUUAUCAUCGACCACGCUCGCCAGGUACAGACAGGUGAAGAUACUGGUAUCGAUGUGGACCGCAUAGUUCGUAGUGGCAUACAACGCUUUCCGGAUCAGAGAGGUAUCUUGUGGGUAGGACUCGCCCGAUACUGGAUCAACAAGGGCGAUUAUGAGCGUGCAAGAGACGUUUUUGAAGAAGGCAUCACCACCGUCAUGACUGUGCGUGACUUCUCCAUCGUCUUUGACACCUACGCAGAAGCAGAGGAAGCGCUGAUUGGUAUCAAAAUGGAUGAGGCUCAGACCCGCUCAGAAAAGGGCGCGCCUGAUGAGAAUGCUGAUCUUGAACUAGACAUCCGUAUGAUGCGCUUCGAGCAACUCAUGGAUCGUCGUCCCUUCCUCCUGAACGAUGUCCUGCUCCGACAGAACCCCAACAGCGUCAAUGAGUGGGAGAAACGGGUCGCGCUCUGGGGCGAUAACAAGUCUGAAGUUGUCAACACUUAUACUAACGCCAUUGCUGCAAUUAACCCAAAGAAAGCCAUUGGUAGAUACCAUACUCUUUGGACCAACUAUGCAAAAUUCUACGAAGAACGUGGCGAUCUACGCAAUGCCAGAGUCAUCAUGGAAAAGGCCGUCAAGGUGCCUUUCAAGUCUGUCAACGAACUCGCCGAGAUGUGGGUCGAAUGGGCAGAGAUGGAGCUGCGCAACGAGAACUUCGACCGCGCCGUCGACAUCAUGGCCAAGGCCACUCAGGCACCCAAACGAAGCACAGUUGAUUACUUUGAUGAAAGUCUUAGUCCUCAACAACGAGUACAUAAAAGCUGGAAGUUGUGGUCUUUCUACGUCGAUCUUGUAGAGUCGGUCAGCACCUUGGACGAGACUCGCAAGGUGUACGAGCGCAUCUUCGAAUUGCGUAUUGCCACGCCUCAGACUGUCGUCAACUACGCCAACCUGCUCGAAGAGAACAAAUACUUCGAGGAAUCAUUCAAGGUAUACGAACGUGGCUUGGAUCUCUUCUCAUACCCAGUGGCUUUCGAACUCUGGAACCUCUAUCUCCAAAAGGCAGUCGACCGGAAGAUCAGCAUCGAAAGGCUACGAGAUCUAUUCGAGCAGGCCGUUGAAGGAUGUCCUCCAAAAUUCGCAAAGGUGCUAUAUCUCAUGUAUGGCCAGCUUGAAGAAGAACGGGGGCUGGCUCGUCAUGCUAUGCGCAUAUACGAACGGGCGACGCGUGCUGUUUCGGAUGAUGAUCGUUUGGACAUGUUCAACUUUUACAUCACCAAAUCGGCCUCUAACUUUGGCCUUACUUCAACUCGCUCGAUCUACGAGCGAGCUAUCGCCGCAUUGCCAGACAGCGAGGCGAAAGACAUGUGUCUCAAGUUUGCCGAGAUGGAAAGACGGUUGGGAGAGAUUGAUCGUGCCAGGGCGAUCUACGGACAUGCCAGCCAAUUUUGUGAUCCGAGAAGAGAGCCGGGCUUCUGGCAAAAGUGGGAGAGUUUCGAGGUGCAGCAUGGAAACGAAGACACCUUCAAGGAUAUGCUCCGCAUCAAGCGUAGCGUCCAAGCACAGUACAAUACCGACGUCAGUUUCAUCGCCUCCCAGGCCAUUGCACGCAGUCAGCAAGCUCCAACUGAAGAUGGGGCUGUUGACGACACAACGCAAAAAACAGACGCUAUGGCGGCCUUGGAGCGCCAGGCGCGCGCGCCCACGGGAUUCGUUGCUGCAAGCAGUGGUCCAGAAGGCGGCAACAGAGCCCCAGCUGUUGUACAACCAGCGACCAAUCCGGAUGCCAUCGACGUCGACGAUGACCUAUGA